AUGCCCCUCGAAGUCCCCUCCAAGACCUUCACGCGCGCCGAGGUCGCGAAGCACAACACCGAAGAUAGCACAUGGUUCAUCAUUGACGCCGUGGUCUAUGAUGUGUCCGACUUUCUAGACGCCCAUCCGGGUGGUGAGGCGGUGCUGCGGCAGGUCGCCGGGACAGAUGCGACGGUGGCCUUCUACAACCUGCACCGGCACGAAGUGUUGCAGAAGUACUCGGACCUAGCCAUCGGCACCAUUGAGGGCGAGAAGCAGUCCAUCAUCACCCCCAAGCUCGGCGAACUGUCGCCCGUCCCCUACGCUGAGCCGCUAUGGCUCACGCCGCAGUUCAAGUCGCCCUACUUCAACGACAGCCACCGCCGCCUGCAGCGGGCCAUGCGCGAAUUCACCGAUACCUACAUCACGCCCGAAGCCCUGGAAAAGGAGCGCUCCGGCGAGUAUGUCAGCCAAGAGCUCAUCGACCGCAUGUCACAAGCAGGCCUAUUGCACAUGCGGAUGGGACCAGGGAAGCACCUACACGGCGUCAACCUGCUCAACGGCGCCGUGGACGGUAAGGAGUUCGACUACUUCCAUGACAUGAUCUGCGCGCAGGAACAAGUCCGCGCCGCCUGCCGUGGCUUCCAGGACGGCAACCUGGCCGGCAUGGUGAUCGGCCUCACCUGCAUCCUCAACUUCUGCAACAACCCGGAGCUGCAAAAGCGCGUCACCAACGAGGUCUUCUCGGGCAAGAAGAAGAUCUGUCUCGCCAUCACCGAGGCUUUCGCCGGCUCCGACGUCGCCGGUCUCCGCACGACGGCCACCAAGACCUCCGACGGCAAGCACUACAUUGUGAACGGCACCAAGAAAUGGAUCACCAACGGCGUCUUCUCCGACUACUUCGUCACGGGCGUCAAUACGGGCAAGGGGCUCAGCGUGCUGCUGAUCGAGCGCAGCGAGGGCGUCGAGACCAAGCCCAUCAAGACGUCGUACUCCCCCGCGGCCGGCACGACCUACAUCACCUUCGACAACGUCAAGGUCCCCGCUGAGAACCUCCUCGGCGAGGAGAACAAGGGCAUCUACGUGAUCCUGUCCAACUUCAACCACGAGCGCUGGACCAUGGCGUGCGCCACGAUCCGGUACAUGCGGCUGGUGGUCGAGGAGUCCCUCAAGUGGGCACACCAGCGCCUCGUCUUCCGGAAGCGGCUGAUCGACCAGCCCGUGAUCCGGCAGAAGCUGGCCAAGAUGAUCGCGCUGUGCGAGUCGCACCAGUCGUGGCUCGAGACCAUCACGUACCAGAUGUGUCACAUGCCCUACUCGCAGCAAGCGAAACAUCUUGGCGGACCCAUCGCGCUGCUGAAGAUGAGCGCCACCCGGGCGGCGCAUGAGAUUGCUGACGAGGCCGUGCAGAUUUGGGGAGGUCGUGGACUGACCCAGACUGGGAUGGGGAGGGUCAUUGAGAACUUCAACCGGACCUACAAGUUUGAUGCGAUCCUGGGCGGUGCGGAGGAAGUACUGGGUGAUCUGGGUGUGAGGCAGGCCAUGAAAUUCAUGCCGAAGGCGGUGCUCUGA